UCAGCUGAGCUAUAAAAAGGCGUAGAAUGGGGGAGGGAGGGCUGCCGUGCAGCAGGAACUGUGCAGAGAAGCACACGGGGAUCCAGGGACAGCAGCCCCUUGCACUGGGAUCUAGAGCCACAGCGCGAAAGAGAGUUGAAGGAAAACACUCAACAGACGCAACACAAUGGCAGAGAAAAUUAAAGACGCCAAGAUCAUCUUUGUUGUGGGUGGACCUGGCUCUGGAAAGGGCACCCAGUGUGAGAAGAUAGUCACAAAGUAUGGCUACACCCAUCUAUCAUCUGGGGAUCUGCUCCGUGCUGAGGUGGCUUCUGGCUCUGAGAGGGGCAAGACGCUCCAGGCCAUCAUGCAGAAGGGAGAACUUGUCCCCCUGGACACAGUCUUAGACAUGAUUAAGGACGCCAUGAUUGCCAAGGCUGAUGUCUCCAAGGGCUUCCUUAUUGAUGGCUACCCCCGUGAGGUGAAGCAGGGAGAGGAGUUUGAGAAGAAGAUCGGCAAACCCUGCCUGCUGCUGUACGUCGAUGCGAAAGCAGAGACCAUGGUCAAGAGGCUGUUGAAACGCGGCGAGACCAGCGGCCGUUCUGAUGAUAAUGAGGAGACCAUCAAGAAGCGCCUGGACUUGUAUUACAAAGCAACCGAGCCAGUCAUCGCCUUUUAUGAGGGCCGUGGCAUUGUCAGGAAGGUCGACUCUGAGCUGCCAGUGGAUGACGUCUUCGCCCAAGUCUCUAAGGCUAUUGAUGCACUGUAGUAAAACAACAUAACUAGAUGAGUCAUGUCUGGUUGUUGUUUUAUUUUUAAAUUUUCCUAAUGUCAGUUUUUAAUAAGGACUAAACAAUACAUUUCAAACUUAUGAGAAUUGGAAGGCCAUUAAGGAUCAAAAAUGCCUUAUAUUGAAUCUGAAAGAAAGUUUUAAAGUCAAACAAAAAUCUACUUAAAGCAAAAUCUGUAUCUUUUUUUUCCUUUUGAGAAAAAAAUAUAUACAUGUUAUUUAUAAUAUAUAAGUCUCACUUCGAUUCUGUGCUAAACAUGUAUGUGGAUGUAUCUGCAAGUCAUAGGACGAAUGCACACUUUACACAAUUUUUGCCCUCUCUUUUUAAUGCCAUUUAGAGUCCAGAGUUCACGAUUCCUUUAUCUUUGUGCCAUUGAACAACAGCAGAGGUCACCCACUAUGGACAAAUUGGUGAAACUCUGCAUACAUGUAUGUUCACAGAACUUUUUAAAAUGACUUCAUUUCUAUUAAUUCAUUUACUACUAUAUUUUAAGCACAGAAAUGUUCUAUUUUUUUCAUCAUGAUGUACACAUGUAACAUGGGUGUCUAUAAGGUGGUAUAUGUAAAAACAAAAAGAAAAUUAAAGUAGCCUAUAAUGAAAAACGAA